AAAAAAAAAAAAACCUAGCAGAGACUUGCCCCAGGAUCGGUAAUUUUCCUCUGGCUGGUGCUGUGUGUACCGGGUUCCUGUGUAAGAGCAGUGUCUCCUAUUUUAAUGGUAUAUAUGAGGGCUAUAUUGAAACCAGGAGAAAUUCUGUGCUAGCUGACUACUAAAUGGAGGAGUAGAACUGCUUUAGUUCCUGCAGUAUUAAUGAAUGGUGAUCAGUCAUUAAUUGAGAGAAUUGCCUUUUAUAUAGAUUUCAUACUCCAGAAUGCUAUGGAGCAGCAAGAAGAGCUACUAGUGGUACAUGCUAUUGAACUGAUUUUGGAAAAUACCACCAGAGAACGGACUGGAUGUGUAGUUUUCUUGACAACAUUCCACAGUGCUUUUCAAGAUAGAUGGGAUGCUACUCCUUCCUUCAUUAGACAAGUAUUUUGAUCUUGUGUAUGGAUAAUGUUACUAAGGGUAGUGUACAGACUUGCUUAUGUAAUUCACUUUUCUUUGUUAGAUAUGUGUUAAUUGUAUUGUGAAAGAAAAUUGACAGUAAUACUCAUUUUAAAAUUUUAUUUUUUAUUUGAAGGCUACCAUACAACGGAUCGUUUGUCAUUAGUGGGAAAACUAUGUAAGCCUCUCAUUUAUCUACCAUUGCUUACUCCAAAAUUAUAUUCUGUAAGCUCCUCAAUUAUUUUACUUAAGCAGUACUUAAGAAACACGAAAGCAUAUUGUUUAAGGUGUACCAUGGAUCCAAUUAGCCCUACGUUACGAGAAUUCUUACUCUCAAAUGAGAACCCAUUUGUGUGUGCAGAAAGCAGUGAAAACCAGCAUGAAAUUAUACAAAUGGAAGAAAUGCCCUUUGAUUUUUUAGAAGUUGAAAAGCCUCAGCAGGAACCCUCAGAAAUGGAACACAGACCAUAUUCAUGUUUUCCAGAGGACAGGGAAGCAAAUGGUGUUAAUGGUCAAGAAAUGCUACUCGACUGCUUAGAGGGUGAAAACCAUAAACAUGAUACAAAUAGCAUAGAGGAUGAGUUAUUUGAUGAUCAGGAUAGUGCAAAAAUGGAAUUCAGCACAUCAGAUAUAGAAGAGCCAUUAGAUGUUUCAGUAACUGAAAAGAAGUGCAACACCUCUGAAAUAGGGCUGAAUUUUUUUGAGUUCUCAAAGAAUGAAAGGAGUAUGUAUAAGAUUCCAUUAAAGUGCUCGGAGGGCAAAGGCAAAAAAUGUAAAGAUAAACAUAGCGAUGAACUUCAUGUAAAUAAUGUUGAAAUUCAAGUAGACAGUGAUGAACUUCCAGUUGAUGAUGAUGAAAUUCCACUAGAUGAUGAAAUUCCGGUAGACAAUGAUGAGCUUCCAGUAAACAGUGAUGAAAUUGCAAUGGACAACGAUGAACUUCCGUUAGACAGUGAUAUUCCAGUGGACAGCAAUGAAAUACCUAUAGACGGUGAUGAAAUUCCAGUAGACGGUAAUGAACCUUCAGUAGACAAUGAAAUCCCAUUGGACACUGAGGAAAUCCCAUUAGACAGUGAUGAUAUCCAAGUGGACAAUGAGGAAAUACCAUUAGACAGUGAUGAUAUCCCAGUGGACAAUGAUAAUAUCCCAGUGGACAGUGAUGAUAUCCCAGUGGACAGUGAUGAUAUCCCAGUGGACAGUGAUGAUAUCCCAGUGGACAGUGAUGAUAUCCCAGUGGACAGUGAUGAUAUCCCAGUGGACAGUGAUGAUAUCCCAGUAGACAGUGAUGAUAUCCCAGUAGACAGUGAUGAUAUCCCAGUGGACAGUGAUGAAAUUCCAGUGGACAGUGAGGAUAUCCCAGUAGGCAGUGAUGAAAUCCUAGUAGGCAGUGAUAAAAUUCCAGUGGACAGUGAUGAACUUUCUGUAGACAAUGAUAUUCCAGUGGACUGUGAUGAAAUUCCAGUUGAGAGUGAUAAAAUUCCAGCAGAUAAUGAAGGAAUUUUAAUGGACAAUGAAGAAGAGCCAGUGGACAGUGAAGAGCUUCCAGUUGACACUGAUAAAAUUCAUAUAGAGAAAAUUCAGGUAGACAGUGAUGAAAUUCCAGUAGACAUUGAUAAAAUUUCAGGUGACAAUGAAGAAAUUUUGAUAGACAGCAGUGAAAUUCCAAUACAUAAUCAUGAACUUGUAGACAGUGCAAAUAAAGUCAACAAUAAUGAAUUUUCAGUAGACUGUAAAAAUCCAUUAGACACUGAUGAAAUUCCAACUGACAGUGAAAUUCUGGAAGACAAGGAUGGACUUCUGGUAGACAAUAAUCCAAUUAAAGUAGACAGGGAUGAAAUUUUAGUAGACAAUUUUGGAAUUCCAGUAGAUACUGAUGAACUUCCUGUUGAGACUGAUGAAAAUCCUCUAGACAUUGAUAAAAUUCCCAUAGGCAGUGAUGAUAUUAAAGUCGACAGUGAUGAACUUCCAGUACACAGUGAUGAAUUUCCGAUGGAUAAUGAAGAAAUUUUGGUAGGUAAGGAAGAGAUGAGGGACCAGAAAGAUGACAUAGUUAGCUUGGAAAAGACUGAUCAAAAUAAAUCAGUAGGUGAAGGAGAAACUCUGUUCGUUUGUUCGUGGAAUGGCAAUGCAAAUAUUGAUAACACUGAUAACACUUUGCCAAAACAGAAACCUCAUAAAAAGCGAAAUUAUAGAAAGCCCAAAAAAUACAUUAAAAAGAAGUUGCCAGAAUCAAAACAGAAUACAUUAGAAAGUUCAGCAAGCACAAAUUUAGAUGAAAAAAUUUGUAAAAUAAAACAAACACCACUUGAUGACUUUGAGGAAGAUAACCCUAGUUCUAAGUCGCGUAAUUUACAACACUUGCGAUCAGAGUGCUUAUAUGAUGGAAGAAAUGAUAGCAUGGACAGUCUUGUAGAUAAGAUACCAUCUGAGUGUUUAGAAGUAAAAUUAGAAUGUUUGACUAAAGAAGAAAUUGAAAUUAAAGACACAGUAAUGAAAUCUGUAGAGUGUUCAAAAUGUGGCGAGAAGAUAGAUAAACAGAUCAGCUCUGGGCUAGAUAAUGAUAGUGGAAAUGUGGAAGAUCCAGUUAAAUGCUCCAAGUGUGUACCAAAAAUGGUUGGGGUGAAUGAACAAGAUGCCUUAAUACGAAUGGGAAAAAAAUAUCAUAUGGUGUUUAAUUUGGGAGAAAAACCAUUCAAAUGUUACCAGUGUAAAGAGGAAUUCAAACACAUGGCAGAACUAAGGGAACAUUUGGUUCUCCACACCAGAGAAGAACCAUACCAGUGUGAAGUGUGCGGAAAGACUUACAGGUUUAAUAGCUCGCUGAAGCGACAUAUGCUCUUCCACUCUGAUGAAAAACCUUUUAAGUGUAGUUUGUGUGGAAAAAAAUUUAAAACUAUAGGGCAUUUAAAUCAACAUAUGGCAAUACAUACAGGGAAAAAACCAGUUGAAUGCAUCAUUUGUGGGGAAGAAUUCAAACAGAGAAGAUUUUUAAAGCAGCAUAUGCUAACUCAUACUGAAGAGAGGCCAUUCAGAUGUUCUCUUUGUGAGAAAGACUUCAAAUACAACUGUGAUCUUAAGGAGCAUAUGUUUACUCACCUUGGAGAUAACCCUUUCAAAUGUUCUGUAUGUGGAAAGGAAUUCAAUAGGAAAAGCAAUCUUCGACAGCAUAGAGUAACUCAUUCGAGAGAAACUCCCUACAAAUGCCCUGUAUGUGGGAAGGGAUUCACUCUUAAUGGCAAUCUGAAACAGCACAUGGCCACACACAUAGAGGAAAAGCUAUUUAAAUGUGACUGUGGCAAAGAAUUUAGUAGUAAAAGUAACCUUGAUCAGCACAGAGCCAUACAUAGUGGUGAUGUGCCAUACAAGUGUAUGGAAUGUGGGAAAGCAUUCAAGUUAAGAGGACAUCUCAGGAAACACUUAAUCACACACAAUGAAGAUAAAGCAUUUGAAUGCCAAGGGUGUGGGAAGCAAUUUAGACUUAGAGGUGAUCUUAAAAGGCACAUUACGACAGUAACUGGGAAUAAGCCAUUAGAUUGUACAGAGUGUGGGAAAAAACUACAGUGUAAAGGGGAGGUGAAGCAGCAUAUGUUCACUCAUAUAGGAGAGAAAUAUGAGUGUAGUGAAUGUGGAAAACUCUAUACACAGAAGGGCACUCUAAACAGGCAUAAGUUGUCUCAUGUAGGAAGUAAGUCUUACGAAUGUUCAAAGUGUGGAAGAGAAUUCAGUAGAAAAAAUAAUCUUGAACAGCAUAUGUUUACACAUGGAAGUGAGGACUCAUCAGAGGGAUCAGAUUUUCAUGCAACUGCUGAGAGUCUUAAGAAAGAAUGUUUAUCAUUUAUUGAAGAAGGCUUCACUACUGAUGCUAAAAGACAAAAGGUAUAUAAUUUUAUGAAACAUGUGAUUACCAUUAAAACUGAAGUAAUAGAGGAAGGAGACUCAGAAUGUAGUAAUUUUAUUUCAGAAACAACAGAGGGUAAUGACUUUUGUUCUUCUGAAAUUAAAAAUGAUAGUGAUAAUGAAUGCCAUACAUUAAAUAAAUCUAUAGAGUAUGUCAACAGUACAGGGGGCACAGAAAUUUUUAUAAAAGAGGAAGUUGAUACAGAAUAAUACAUUAUGCACUGAAUUAAACAUAAAUGCUGCAAAAAGAUACAUAAUGUUUAAAAGAUGGAAUACAAUGUUUGAGUAGCUUAUAACACAAUGGAUAAAAUUCAAUUGAAUUUUCUUCCUUAAUUAUUUAUAUUUUCCUGAGACUAGUCAGAAUUGUUUUUUAAAAUAUUUUGGUUUAAAUUAUGUAUUUGUAUGCUUUCAGUGAGAAAGCUUGAAUUUAAUUUUGAAUGCUUUGCUAGUUGAAAUGUCAUUAAUUUGCUGUAUUUUGCUACAGUGUAAUCAACUUUUGGUCCAGCUAGCAAUAUCACCAGUCUAUUGGCUCUGUAAGUUAUUGCUUUUAACAUUUAAACUGUCCAAGCAGAUCUACGUUCACAUGCGUAGUGCUCCAAAAGUAGAUCCAUGUUUUUUUUACAUAUUUUCAAAUAUAACAAAAAAAAAACGUAGAUCAAAGUUUUUUUUUACACUUUUUCAAAUGUAAAAAAAGAAAAGAAGAUCUACUUUUUUUACAUACUUUCCUAUGUUGAAAAAACGUAGAUCUACGUUUGGACAGUUUAAGGGUUAAUGUUAUUUGUAACACUUGGAAUAUAUUAUUUGUGUGAUUAGCUCUUGUACGUUUUUUAAUUUGUGUUAGUGCAGGGAAUAUUAAUACUGUAAAGUUAGUGGAGAGUGUAUUUAGUAAUUCAAUAUCAUAUUUGAUCAAUUUAAAUAAAUAUUUAAAUAAAAUGAUAGCUGAAAUGGAUAUCCAACAGGCUUGUGUUGCAAAGUGUAUUUCAUAGGAGUGGAGAUAAGCGGUUUUUAUGAUUUAACAUGCUGUUGGAGUGUGAGCAAGGUACAGUGCCUGCAUUCUGAGGGAGGUUAACCCUGGAGGGUUAUCUUAAUUGUAAUUUCAGUGCACCUGGCUAGACUGAAUGAAUGAGUGACAAUGAAGGCGUUUUCUUCAGUUUUGAGUCGCCUCACCUUAGUGGGAGACGGCUAGAGUGGUAAAAAAAUCUGGAAUGGCCAAGAAACACUUCCUCUGACUAAACAAUGUAAUUUAAUUUGAUUCAUUGUAAGUCCUUUGACAUUCAAUAGGUGUCAUUUUUAUUUAAACCUGCAUUUUAUUUAAAAUGUCAGCCACGAGAGAGAAUAAGAGAGAGAGAGAGAAUAAGAGAGAGAGAGAGAAUAAGAGAGAGAGAGAGAAAGAGAGAGAGAAUGAGAGAGAGAGAGAGAGAAUGAGAGAGAGAGAGAGAGAAUGAGAGAGAGAGAGAGAAUGAGAGAGAGAGAGAAUGAGAGAGAGAGAGAAUGAGAGAGAGAGAGAGAGAGAUGAGAGAGAGAGAAAAUGAGAGAGAGAAUGAGAAUGAGAGUUCACCCAACUCGGUGCCUCCUCAAACAAAUGACCAUCUUGCUUAUAACAUUUUCAGUAAAAUAAACAUUAAAUUUAAAUGACAACUCUUAAAUAACUGCAAUAGAAUUAGAAUGAAUCUUUGAGAGUUACACUGUUUAGUCAGGGUAAGUUUUCAAUGACCAUUUCAGCAGUUGGUUUCAAAUUGAUAAAUAUAUUCCCCCACACAACCAUAACUUCACAGUGUUGAUGCUUCCUGCACUAUCAAAUACAUUUUUAAUUACUAAUCACAAAUACAGUAUGAAAAGUGUUAAAAAUGUUCAGACCAAUAACUUAGAGCCAGCUGAUGGGUGAUCUUGCCAGCCAGACUGCUAGCUGAUUACCCUGUAGCAAUUUGCAUAUUCUAUGAAUUUAAGGUUGAAAAUGAUAUACUCUGAGUCUUGCAAAGCUAUAAAUAAAAUUCAAGUUAAAUCAGUUAUUUUUUCAGGCUGCCUGAUGACCAAUGGGAGAUUGGGAAAUUUUUAAAUUCAAUGAGUAUCUCAGAAACUUAUCAUAAGGAGUUGGCUUAAUGCUUUGGAUGCAACUCAAGAUCUAUGUUGCAAAUCAUUUGAAUACAAAGCAUAUCAUAUCAUGUAUUAAGUUGUAAUUACAUUUGUAUCCAAAGGUACUGUAUAUACAGUUGAAUUUUGUUAAUCCAGACUUGUGAUCAGGCACUUUCAGUACCAAAAUUCUGUUAUAACAAAGGCCGAGAGCACUGUGCUGAUAAAAAAAAAUAAAUGUGUAAAAGUGUACUUAAGAUGCAGAUGUCGAUGUCCUCUUAACUGCUUUGAUACAGGUACUGUAGAUGAUUUAAGCAGGUAGGGUAAUGUAUGCAAGAGUGGCACUGCUCAGAGCUGUAAAUAACUGGUACAGGGAAAUGAAGUGUCGUACCUUCAGAUAAUCAUGUCUUUUAUAAGAGGAAAGAACUUUAUAUUUGUUUCAUAUUAAGCCUUAUUUGCUCGCUGUACUGUAUUCAGUAUAGCCUAAAACAUUCAAACCAUUUCCUUAUUUGUGCUUUUUAGUAAUUGAUACAGAACAACUGGUUACUAGCCCCUUGAACCUAGUGUUUUAGUUGCAUUGCAUACGGAUAAAGGGUUCUAACAUGUUUCACUGUGGAGUUUGAAAAGAAACAUUAAGAGGAUAAGAACUAGUAAGAAAUUUGGAAGAAAACUCAGAUGAGUGUGUAUAUACAAACCUAUGUACAUUCACAUAAAUGUGAUUUUUUUUUUUCUCCAACAAAUCGGUCGUUUCCCACCGAGGCAGGGUGGCCCAAAAAGAAAAACGCAAGUUUCUCUUUUUAAAUUUAGUAAUUUAUACAGGAGAAGAGGUUACUAGCCCCUUUCUCCUGGCAUUUUAGUCGCCUCUUACAACACGCAUAGCUUACGGAGGAAGAAUUCUGUUCCACUUCCCCAUGGAGAUAAGAUAAAAUAAACAAGAACAAGAACUAGUAAGAAAAUAGAAGAAAACCCAGAGGGGUGUGUAUAUAUAUGCUUGUACAUGUAUGUGUAGUGUGACCUAAGUGUAAGUAGAAGUAGCAAGACGUACCUGAAAUCUUGCAUGUGUAUGAGACAGAGAAAAAAAGACACCAGCAAUCCUACCAUCAUGUAAAACAAUUACAGGCUUUCGUUUUACACUCACCUGGCAGGACGGUAAAUGUGAUAUAUACUGGAUGUAAAUAAUAGCUGCAAGAUUUUUAUCUCUUAUUGUGUGUGUGUGUAUGAAACAAACAGAAAAGACCAUUAUCCCUACCAGAUUGUAAAACAUUUAACAUAUUUGUUUCACCAUCUAUGACAGGAUGGUAGCAACUUGAUGCUAUUCUUGCUUCACCCCCAUUCCCUUCUUUUCUCCCUUUUCUUGCACUUUUGUUCUUGCUUUCUCUUGCCUUUUAUUCUGUUCCUUAUUGCAUUUAUUACCAACAUGCAGAAUAAAUACAGAAUUACAUUCAGGUGUAGACUUGUUACUAUAGUAGGCUGAAAUUCAACAUGAAUGUGGGAUAAAAAAUUUGCAGGCAUUUUCAGCAUUUGUGAAUAAUGGUGAAAAAAAAAAGACAUUUUCAGCAAAGAAACUUUUAUUAAUACAUUUAACCCAAUAAGGCUUUCAUCAAGUACAUGGGAUACAAAAAAAAAAAAAAAGGUAUAUAAAGCAUAUAAGAUUA